GACCAGGAACUGGUAGCUGAGAAGACUACCUCAAGUGGACGAGGUGAAAUUUCAUGUCGAGAGGGUGUUUUCGGUGGCUUUUACCGCUUGUAGGAGGGAAUUACAAGUUACAAGUUACAAGCUAGCCUCGAACGCAGCAAUAAAUAUGCUAAUAAUUUUUAAAAAUGGGCGCAGACGAGUUAAAAUGAUGAUAUGGGAGAGUGUGGGAAAUAUAUACGAGGUAAACGUUAUUGUGAGAAGUCAGUGGGUGGAGCCAGCGUCUGUAAGGCAGACAAUCCGAAAGUAACACAGGAGGAGAAGAUUGACGCUAUGAAAGCAGACAGAAAGUAACUAAAAGCAGCUAAACUGUUUUUUCAGCACAAUUCAGUUAAUUGAAUAAAAAUGGGAGGAUCACAGUCCACACCAGCAUAUGUACCUCCACCAGAAUUUGACAGGCCAUGGAGGACAAUGCCUUGGGGAAGAAAAGAUGUACUUGAACAGAAACUGAGGGACCUCAGCCUCAACAAACCAAAUGUUCGGUUUGUCAGAAUUCUGGUUGUUGGUGAAGUCGGAGCAGGAAAGUCCAGUUUCAUAAACUCAGUCAAUAAUGCUUUUCAAGGAAGAAUCACCAGUGGGGCUCUUGUUGAUGGAAUAGGUGGAACCAGUUUCACAAAAAUAUACAAAACCCAUUACAUUGAAGGAAAGGAUGGUUCCCCUUUGCCUUUUGUCUUCAAUGAUAUCAUGGGACUUGAAGACAAAGAAUCUGGUGCACAUGAACAGGACGUCAUCAAAGCUUUACGUGGGUUUCUUCAGGAAGGACACAAAUUUAAUCCUGCAUCCCCGCUGUCUCCAAAUGACCCUGGCUACAGGAGCAACCCAAGUGUUGAGGAUCAAACCUUCUGCCUGGUCAAUAUUAUUGCAGCAGACAAAGUAUCACUGAUGCAGAAUGGGGUCUUUGAAAAGCUGAAAAAAAUCCGCCAGGAGGCAACAAAGCUGAACAUGCCGCAAGUAAUCAUCAUGACAAGACCAGAUUUAGCGUGUCCAAAGGUUAAAUGUGACAUAAGGAAGAUCUACACCAGCAGGAAGAUCAAAGAAAAGAUGCAAGAGUGUAGUAAUCUGUUGGGUAUUCCCAUGAAUCACAUUUUCCCUGUGAAGAACUACCAUGAGGAGAUUGACGCAGUUGAUGACAUGGAUCUUCUGAUUUUCAAGGCACUUGAUCAGAUUGUGAACAUUGCCACUGAUGCAUUGAAGGAAACACUACGUAACUCUGAUUACCAGCAUGAGUAAAGACUCCCAACACUUUCCAAGAUCCUAAUACUAUGCUGACUUUAUUGCAUCAUACAGUGAUUUCUAAAGUUUAAAAAAAAACAUAAUAGCAUUGUUGUUACUUCUAAAUGAAAAAAAAAAAAAUACUAUUAAAAACAAAAUUUUGUAUUAUGUAUUACGAAUUUUACAUGUACAGUUACGUAGUAUGUUCUGACUGUGUGUACAGUCAACAUUUCUGAUCUUUCUGGAAAGUACCAAACCCAAAACAUGACGUAAAUCUGAUAAAAUAUCAUUAGGUGGCUAUUGUUAUCAACUAUAAUCACUAGUUCCCUAAAUAGGGAAAGGCACCAUUGUUUUGAAAGAUAGAACCCUAGCUUUCUCAGCCAUGUUCAAUAGAAAUAUUGACAGAAAGUUCCAUAGGGCAUCUGACUGAACCUGAUUAUGAGCUGAAGUGACCGAGGAACUGUAGUUCUGGAGCUGAAUAAUGUUAUGUUAUGUUCUGCAAAUUGAUUCAAGAAUACUUUGUUAUUAUAUGCACAAGCUCCUUGAACAAUGCAAUUCUACAGCAAUACAGUAGAGUACAGAAAUUGUACAGCAUUGGAGCAAAAAAAGUAUGUCAUAAAAAAGGAAAUAUUUAACAUACAGACAUAUAUAACAAUGUUGGUGAGAAAAGAUAUACAAUAAAUGUAUUCAAGUAAGGCACUGGGCAAUUUAAGGUAUUGUGAAAACACCAAAUAAAUACCAAUAAAAAAUUUGGUUAGUAUUUAAAAACCAAGUGUUACAAAUCACAUUUCAUGUAGUGGCUAGUGUAAAAAGUUGUAUGUGUUUUCCUGUAGCUAUAUAAUUUUAAUAAAUAAUGCGUUGUGAAUAGUAUAUAUACAAUCUUACGGUAAAUUAGUGAGAUGGAUGACUAAUCAGGACUUAAAUGUUACCCAGUGUGAAUAUGUUAUACAUAUUGGAAGCAUUAGCCUAUCCCUUUCAACAUGUUAGCCAAGGUUUUUGGUUUUGACCUUGUAUCUGCCUUUGGUUUGCUAUUGUGCUUAGUAAACAGAUUUUCAUAUGCA